CGGAUAUUUCGAUGUUUUGGGGGUUUCCGCGAGAAUGAGACCAAGGGGAUAAGCUUGUGCUUUGAUUUUCGCAUCCAUCAGUCACAUGGCAAGGGGCACCUAUGAGCAGUGUCAGUGACAGAUCCUGACGUAGGGACCUAGUUAUUUAUUAUCUUCAGCUCGUCCAUCCCCAAACCUUUUUCUUUCUUUCGUAAGCUACCCACCUACGUAUCCUCGCUCUUUGCUUGCACACGACGGAAGAAGCAAACAGAUACUGCAAGGCUGCAUUAUUUCCUCUCCCUCCCCGAAACAAUCACGCUUGGUUGCCUGGGCCCGUUUGCACUCUCCACCAUAACAACCUUAGUAGUACCAACGCUACCGUUGAUUCUUCCUACAUAAACUAAUCCAAUUCUUCUCUUUUUUCUUCUUCUCUCCUUACAGCACUUUAAUUUUGGAACAUUGCCAUGGCUACGACCACACCCGUUACGGCGCCCACCAACGCAAUGGUCGAAGAGACUCGUCUCUCGUCUGACGAGAAGACCGAAGUUGGAUCCAACAACAUCCUCGACACUUCAGCCGAUAACAAGGAGCAGCAGGCUGGCUCUGUAACCGCCAGCAACAACAAUGCCGCUGACGAGCAGCCUCAGUACCCUGGCGCUGCAAAGCUUACCCUCAUCAUCUCGUCUCUCUGUCUCGCCAUCUUUCUCGUUGCUCUUGACCAGACCAUCAUCGCUCCCGCACUCGGCGCCAUCACAGCGCAGUUCCAGAGUGUCAAGGAUAUUGGAUGGUAUGGAUCUUCGUACCUUCUUACCACCACUGCUUUGCAGCCCAUGUACGGAACUAUCUACAAGUACUUCAAUGUCAAGAUUGCGUAUCUCGCUGCCGUCUUCAUCUUUGAGAUUGGAAGUUUGAUCUCUGCUGUUGCGCCGUCUUCUGUCGCUUUCAUUGUCGGCCGAGCCAUUGCAGGAAUUGGAACGGCUGGUCUCUUUUCCGGAUCUAUCGUUAUCCUCUCCCUCAUCAUGCCUCUCGAAAAGCGUCCUCUUGCCUUUGGUCUUAUCGGUGGUAUGUGGGGUAUCGCCUCCGUUGCUGGCCCUCUUCUCGGAGGUGCCUUUACUGAACAUGCCACCUGGCGCUGGUGUUUCUACAUCAACCUUCCCAUUGGCGGCUUGGCCAUGCUCAUUGUCUUCUUCUUUGUCAAGGUUAACCGCAAUGACUCGAACACUAUCAACAUGACCUUCAUGGAUCGUCUUCGCAAGCUCGACCUUGCUGGCGCCGCCAUUUUCAUCCCUGCCAUUAUCUGCUUGCUCCUUGCUCUGCAAUGGGGUGGUGCUGAAUAUCCCUGGAACAACUCGCGUAUCAUCGGUCUCUUCUGUGGCUUUGGAGCCAUGAUUGCCAUCUUCAUUGGCAUCCAAUUCUGGAAGGGUGAUGAGGGAACUCUCCCGCCUCGUCUAUUCAAGAACCGGGACACUUUGUCCGCCAUCAUCUUCGCCAUGUUCUUUGGUGCCGGUUUCUUCCCUCUCAUCUACUAUCUCUCUCUUUACUUCCAGGCCAUCCAGGGUGUUAGCGCCGUCCAGGCUGGAAUCAAGAUUCUCCCUCUCCUGCUCGCGACCGUCCUCUGCUCUAUCGUCUCUGGAGGUGUCAUCACCGCCAUUGGCUACUACAGCUAUGUCAUCAUCCCCUGCAUGGUUCUCUACACUGUCGGGUGUGGCAUGCUCACAACCCUCGAUGUGCAUUCCCCUCUCAAGGAGUGGUUUGGCUACCAAGUCAUCGCUGGCUUGGGCAUUGGUGCUGGUUUCCAAAUCGGUGUCCUUAUCAUUCAAACUGUCUUGCCUCAAGAAUGGGUUCCUGUUGGCACCGCUGUUGUUCAGUUCGGCCAAGCCUUUGGAGGUGCCAUCUUCGUGGCCGUGGGCCAAACUGUCUUCCAAAAUGGCCUCAUUGACACACUGAAGGCCGAUAACAUUGGUAUCGACCCGACUAUCUUCAUCAACACUGGAGCUUCAGAGAUUGAGGAUACUCUGAGAAAGAUGGGCCGCAUUGAUGCGCUCGACGCUGUCCUCAAUGCGUACAUGAAGGGUCUCAGAGACACCUUUUACACCUCUCUUGCUUGUGCUGCCUGUGCCCUGAUUGCUUGCCUAUGCUUCCGAUGGAAGUCUGUCAAGAAGGGCCCAGACGGCGAGGACAGAAAGGCCGAGCCUGCUGUGCCUGUCUGAAUGGAUCGUGGGAUCGAAGCGUAAUUUGGCGAUUGGAAUUUUGCAUAGAUACCCUCGGAUGUCUCUCUUCUCUUGGUUGCAUUUGGCGCUGGUAGUAAUAAGUGUCUAAUAUCAUAGAAGGUUAAUAAAAGUGGUCUUACAGUACGAAGACUCCUCAUUGUGUAUCA